AUGGCGUUUGUGACCACUGCAGAAGUGUGUGACGCGAAUCAAGAGCUGAUCCGUAGUGGCCAGCUCCGUGCUCUGCAACCCUGUUUUCAGAUAUACGGUCGUCGUCAGAUAUUCUCAGGUCCUGUAGUUACUGUCAAAGUGUUUGAAGAUAAUGGCUUGAUCCGUCAGUUUCUAGAAGAGAAAGGCAAUGGAAGAGUUCUUGUAGUGGAUGGUGGAGGAAGUCUACGUUGUGCCAUACUUGGAGGAAACCCAGUAGUACAAGCGCAGAACAACGGAUGGGCGGGAAUCAUAGUGAACGGUUGCAUCAGAGACGUUGAUGAGAUCAAUGGUUGCGACAUUGGAGUGAGAGCUUUAGCUUCUCAUCCUAUAAAAGCUAGUAAGAAAGGACUUGGUGAACAGAGAGUUCCACUCAACAUAGCAGGCACUAGGAUCUGCGAUGGUGAAUGGCUUUAUGCAGAUACUGAUGGUAUCCUCGUUUCUCAGAUCGAAUUAUCGGUUUAG